CCCCAAAAAUUAAAUAAAUAAACCGAUCACCUACCCACAUUCUGACCUCGUGCGUGUCUGUCUAUAUACAACUAACAAAGUAGACAAACCAAAGCAAAACACACAAAGCUCAUCGAGAGAAGAUUCAGACACUUCAUAGCUUCUUUAUUGGGGUACCCUGAGAUCACAAAGGAUAACAAACAAUGGGCAAGGGAGUCGCAGUCUUGAACAGCAGUGAGGGUGUUAAGGGGACUAUCUUCUUCACCCAGGAAGGAGACGGUGUGACCUCUGUGACUGGAACAGUUUCUGGACUUAAACCUGGUCUACAUGGUUUCCAUGUCCAUGCUCUUGGUGACACCACUAACGGUUGCAUGUCCACCGGUCCACAUUUCAACCCUGAUGGUAAACAACACGGUGCCCCAGAGGAUGCUAAUCGACAUGCUGGUGAUCUAGGAAACAUCAUUGUUGGAGAUGAUGGAACUGCCACCUUCACAAUCACUGACUGCCAGAUCCCUCUUAGUGGACCGAACUCUAUUGUCGGAAGGGCUGUUGUUGUCCACGCAGACCCUGACGAUCUCGGAAAGGGGGGCCAUGAACUCAGCUUGGCUACCGGAAACGCAGGCGGCCGUGUUGCUUGCGGUAUUAUUGGUCUUCAGGGCUAAGUAAGCUGUUACUUAUCGAGGAAGGGAGUGAUGCAAUAAGGAGGUCAUAUAUACCUCUAGACCUGGCUAGUUUGUGUGUGUAUCUCUGUGUGUGUGUGGCUAUAAUCUCUCCUUUGUGGCUCAAUACAUUCUAUUUAAGACAAAAAAAAAAAACAGAGAAAAUUUUGGACUUUUACUAUUUCAUGAAUAAGAGCAGAUGUGAAACUAAAA